GGGGUGUGUCGUAUUCGGGAGUGUCCCGGGACACCGUCCAAAGUAGCGGCUUUGCAUUCAGCUGCCACGCACGCCGUCUCGACGCCUCACUGGUCCCGGCCUGUUGCUCAAGCGCCCAUCGCGCUUCGCUCUCGUCUCCUUUUGUUCUCUGUUUGUUUUCUACAACUCGGAAUCUGUCAGAAUGGCACAGCAUGCGGAGUUUGAGCGGGCUGGAAAGAAACCAGGCCUCCAGGUUUGGAGGGUGGAAAACUUUGACCUGGUGCCUGUUCCUGAGAACCUUUAUGGAGGAUUUUACACAGGAGAUGCAUACAUCAUCCUCAACACCAUCAAGCAACGCUCAGGAAACCUGCAGUAUGACCUACAUUUCUGGUUGGGUGAUUUCUGCACCGCGGAUGAGAGAGGCUCGGCUGCCAUUUUCACAGUCCAAAUGGAUGACUUCCUGGGAGGAAAACCCAUCCAGUAUCGGGAAGUCCAGGGCCAUGAGUCCAAAACUUUUCUUGGCUACUUCAAAUCUGGGAUCAAGUAUAUGAAAGGAGGUGUGGCAUCAGGGUUCAAGCAUGUUGUCACCAAUGAGGUGGUUGUACAGCGAGUGCUCCAGGUCAAAGGUCGUCGUGUUGUCAGGGCAACAGAGGUGCCGGUCAACUGGGAUAGCUUCAACCAAGGAGACUGCUUCAUAUUGGACUUGGGAGCUGAGAUUUACCAGUGGUGUGGUUCCCAGAGUAACCGCUUUGAGAAGCUGAAGGCCACACAGGUCUCCAAGGGGAUCCGGGACAAUGAGCGCAGCGGGAGGGCCCGCGUCUAUGUCUGUGACGAGGGUAUGGAGAGAGAAAAGAUGAUAGAGGUUUUAGGAGAAAAACCAGAGCUGCCUCUGGGUACUUCUGACGACAUCAAGGCCGAUGCCUCCAACAGGAAGAGGGCCAAACUCUACAAGGUUUCUAAUGCCAGUGGAGGUAUGACGAUUGCUAUGGUGGCUGAAGAGAACCCAUUCCCACAAAGCGCCCUGGAGACGGGUGACUGUUUCAUUCUGGACCACGGCUCUGAUGGCAAGAUCUACGUAUGGAAAGGUCAAGGCGCUAACAUGGAUGAGCGAAAGGCGUCGAUGAAAGCUGCUGAGGAGUUCAUCAAGAAAAUGGGCUACCCCAAACACACCCAAGUGCAGAUCCUGCCCGAGAUGGGCGAGACGCCGCUCUUCAAGCAGUUCUUCAAGAACUGGAGGGAUAAAGAUCAGACGGUGGGCUUGGGUGUGGCUUACAUCGCCAACAGCAUCGCCAAGAUCGAGAAGGUGCCCUUCGACGCCGCCUGCCUGCACGACUCCCCCGCCAUGGCAGCCCAGCACGGGAUGGUGGAUGACGGCAGCGGAGAUAAGCAGAUUUGGCGUAUCGAGGGAUCUGACAAGGUGCCAGUAGAUGAGUCUACCUAUGGCCAAUUCUUCGGAGGAGACAGUUACAUCAUCCAGUAUAACUACCAUCACGGAGGACGGAGCGGACAUAUCAUUUACAUGUGGCAGGGCAUAGACUCCAGCCAGGAUGAAAUUGGGGCUUGCGCUAUCCUCAGCGCCCAGCUGGAUGAUGAGCUUGGUGGCGGACCUGUGCAGGUUGUCGGUGCUCCUAUAACUACUCAGGUGAGGGUGGUGCAAGGUAAGGAGCCGGCCCACCUGAUGAGUCUAUUUGGAGGACAGCCCAUGGUGAUCUACAAGGGUGGGACGUCCAGAGAAGGAGGUCAGUCAGCUCCUGCAGAGACUCGCCUCUUCCAGGUGCGCUCCAACUCCGCCGGACACACCAGAGCAGUGGAGGUUGAUGCAGUAGCAGCCAACCUGAAUUCCAAUGAUGCUUUCAUUCUGGUGAGCCCCGGAGGCUGCUUCCUGUGGGUGGGAGUCGGUGCCAGUGACACUGAGAAGACGGGAGCCCAUCAACUGUGUGGCAUCCUGGGAGUGUCGCCCUCGGAACUGGCUGAGGGAGGGGAGACAGGUGAGUUCUGGGAUGCUCUCGGAGGAAAGACAGAAUAUCGCACUUCAACCAGACUUCGGGACAAAAUGGACGCCCAUCCUCCUAGACUCUUUGCCUGCUCUAACAAGACCGGAAACUUCAUCAUUGAAGAGGUGCCCGGAGAGCUGACCCAGGAUGACCUGGCCACUGAUGAUGUCAUGAUCCUGGACACCUGGGAGCAGGUGUUUGUCUGGAUCGGCAACGAGGCCCAAGAGGAAGAGAAGACCGAAGCAAUGGCAUCUGCGGUGCGUUACAUCGAGACAGACCCGGCUAACAGAGACCGCAGGACGCCCAUCGUGAAGAUCAAGCAGUGCUUCGAGCCGCCCACCUUUACCGGCUGGUUCCUGGGCUGGGACCAUGAAUACUGGACCAGCGACCCCCUGGAGCGGGCCAUGGCCGAAUUGGCCAUGUGAGCUCACGUUUGGUCCCCGCCACGCCUCACCAUCCUAAUAGCACCUGACACUUCGCCACCUCUGCAAGCUGAAGACUGUUUUUGAUUGUAGCUCUUAGUAUGCCGAGACUUUUGUUGCUAUGUCAAGAAACAAGUUAGUUGUUGCCUCACAAGGUGGCCUUCAUUUGCUUUUAAAAUCAAAUAGCAUAAUCAUGCUGUGCAGGCGGGCUUCAUGCAGGGUUUUUGUUGAAGUGCAAUCUCUUUUCCUUUUUUAAAAAAAAUGGAUUUUAUAUUUGGACACAUGCUUAAACACAGCCAGCAAAGUAAUAGAAUGCCUUGUAUUGUAGUUGGUCAGGAUGGCAAAUGUUUUUAACUCAUUCAGUACUAGCCAAUUCUUCACCAAGUCUGAAAAGACGUUUAAAAACGUCUUUGGGAGUGAAUGAGUUAAGCAGGAGGCGUCGACAGUUUAGAUCUCGCUGCAUGCCGGCACAGUAAUAAAAUUAAAUUGCAAGUUGUACGUGUCUUACUAUAUGAAAAUAAAUAAUAAAAUCCAAAUCUCUUGAUUGAAGAUUUAAUAGCAUUUUUAAUAAUGUGAGAUAAAAAUCAUAACAAAAAUGGACUUGAAAUUUAAUUUCCAGCUUUGGGAUCAGAACAGUCUUCAAUCCUAAAUAUUGUACAAAACAGCAAAAAAUAAAUU